AUGAAUGCGAUGGUUUCGCCUCGGGGCACUUGGACGGGGCGCGGGGUUUGGAUGCCAGCGAUCUGGCGGCCGAACGUGAGUGGGCCGCUCCCGGAUGUGUACGUCGAGGUCGAGGUGACGGAGGACGCGUCGAGCAAGGGGACGAAGCGGAAGAGAGCCCCUCCCACAAAGGGGCCAUGCGAGCACGGGGUGAAGUAUCGGUCGAAUUGCAAGGUGUGCAGCGCUUGUCCGCACGGGAAGUGGCGCCGUCGGUGCAAGGAGUGCGGUGGGUCUGGAAUCUGCGAGCACGGUCGUCACCGCUUUAGCUGCAAGGAGUGCGGUGGGGCAUCAAUCUGCGUGCACGGUCGUGAGCGCUCUCGGUGCAAGGAGUGCGGUGGGGGCUCAAUCUGCGAGCACGGUCGUCAGCGCUCUCGGUGCAAGGAGUGCGGUGGGUCUCAAAUCUGCGAGCACGGUCGUGAGCGCUCUCGGUGCAAGGAGUGCGGUGGUGCAUCAAUCUGCGAGCACGGCCGUCAGCGCUCUCAUUGCAAGGAGUGCGGUGGUGCAUCAAUCUGCGAGCAUGGUCGUGUACGCUCUCGGUGCAAGGAGUGCGGCGGGGGCUCAAUCUGCGAGCACGGUCGUCAGCGCUCUCGGUGCAAGGAGUGCGGUGGGUCUCAAAUCUGCGAGCACGGUCGUGAGCGGUCUAAGUGCAAGGAGUGUCGCGCCGCGCAUUAA